CUGCCCGAUGCCUGAUCCUCAGCACACUUUGGGACUGUGAGUCUGAUAUUGAGAGGGAUCCUGUCCAAACUGAAAUGACUGAUCCCUUCUGUGUUGGAGGAGGCCGCCGGCUCCAGGGGUCCAGCAGAAGUGGACCUGGGAAGGGUGGCAGCCGGAAGGAGGUCCGACUUCCCAUGCUACAGGACUCACCAAAGCUGGGGAUGCCUGUGGUCCACAGUGGACAGACAGUAUCUGGCCAGGCUCCUCUCUGCUUUGACCCAGGAAGUCCAGCCAGCGACCGGACAGAGGGGAAGAAAAAGGGGCGGCCCAAGGCCGAGAACCAGGCCCUGCGAGACAUUCCUCUGUCACUCAUGAACCAGUGGAAAGAUGAAUUCAAAGCUCACUCCAGGGUGAAGUGUCCCAACUCAGGGUGCUGGCUGGAAUUUCCCAGCAUCUACGGACUCAAGUACCAUUACCAGCGCUGCCAAGGGGGCGCCAUCUCAGAUAGGCUGGCUUUCCCUUGCCCCUUCUGCGAGGCUGCAUUCACCUCAAAGACCCAGCUGGAGAAACACCGGAUUUGGAAUCACAUGGACCGUCCCCUGCCAGCCCCCAAGCCUGGCCCAGUCAGCCGACCAGUCUCCAUCAGCCGGCCUGUUGGGGUCAGCAAGCCCAUUGGAGUGAGCAAGCCUGUCACUAUGGGCAAGCCUGUGGGAGUCAGCAGACCCAUUGGCAUCAGCAAGCCGGUCACAGUCAGCAGACCCGUGCCAGUCACUAGGCCCAUGCCGGUCACCAAGCCUGUCACAGUCAGCAGGCCUAUGCCAGUCACCAAGGCCAUGCCAGUCACUAGGCCUGUGCCAGUCACCAAGCCUAUCCCAGUCACCAAGUUGGUAACAAUUACAAAACCUGUGCCGGUCAGCAAGCCAGUGCCAGUCAGCAGGCCCGUUGUGGUCAGCAAGCCAGUGCCGGUCAGCAGGCCCAUUGCCAUCAGCAGACAUACACCAACCUGCAAAAUGGUGCUGCUGACCAAGUCUGAGAACAAAGCACCUCGUGCUGCUGGGAAGAGCAGCAGUAAGAAAAGGGCCGCAGACAGCCUGGACAUCUGCCCUAUCCCACCAAAGCAGUCCAGGCCAGAGAAUGGGGAGUUCAGCCCAUCUACCACGGACCAGAGCUUGGCCUUACAGCUGAGUACAGAUCCCAGCAGUAGUUCCCUGCUGCUGGGUGGGAGACCCUCAGUGGGCAGGGAGGCAGUGCGGCCUGCAGGCCCUGUGUCCCCACCUGAGGAGGACCCCGAGCGCACAAAGCAUAGAAGGAAACAGAAAACACCCAAGAAAUUCACAGGGGAGCAACCGUCCAUCUCAGGGACCUUUGGACUCAAAGGCCUGGCCAAAGCCGAGGAUAAGGCUCGAGUUCACCGCUCCAAGAAGCAGGAGGGGCUGGGUCCUGAGGAUGUGCGGAAGAAGGUGCAGGCCACCCCUGUCAUUGUCAGCAAGGAGGCACCAACUCCUGUGACCCACUCAGCCCCAGGUGGUCCUGAGGAGCAGUGGCAGAGAGCUAUCCAUGAACGGGGGGAGGCCAUCUGCCCUACCUGCAAUGUGGUCACCCGGAAGACCCUUGUGGGGCUCAAGAAACACAUGGAGGUGUGUCAGAAGCUGCAGGAUGCACUCAAGUGCCAGCACUGCCGGAAGCAAUUCAAAUCCAAGGCUGGUCUCAACUACCACACCAUGGCCGAGCACAGUGCCAAGCCUGCUGCUGCUGAGGCUUCCGAGGGCGGGGAGCAGGAGGAACGAGAGCGGCUGCGCAAGGUGCUGAAGCAGAUGGGGCGGCUGCGCUGCCCCCAGGAGGGCUGCGGGGCUGCCUUCUCCAGCCUCAUGGGCUAUCAGUACCACCAGCGGCGCUGUGGGAAACCGCCUUGUGAGGUAGACAGCCCUUCCUUCCCCUGCGCCCACUGCGGCAAGACUUACCGCUCCAAGGCUGGUCAUGACUACCAUGUGCGAUCAGAGCACUCGGCCCCGCCUCCCGAGGAGCCCAUGGAAAAGACCCCUGAGGCUGAGGACUUGCUGGGUGUGGAGCGGACCCCAAGUGGUCGCAUCCGCCGCACCUCGGCCCAGGUGGCCGUGUUCCACCUGCAGGAGAUUGCAGAGGAUGAGCUGGCACGGGACUGGACCAAGCGACGCAUGAAGGAUGAUCUUGUGCCUGAGACUGCACGGCUCAACUACACGCGGCCAGGCCUCCCCACACACAACCCCCAGCUACUGGAGGCAUGGAAGAAUGAAGUCAAAGCAAAUGGCCACGUAAACUGCCCUAACGAUUGCUGUGAAGCCAUCUACUCCAGUGUGUCUGGUCUCAAGGCCCAUCUGGCCAGCUGCAGCAAGGGGGACCACCUGGUAGGGAAGUACCGCUGUCUGCUGUGUCCCAAAGAGUUCAGCUCUGAAAGUGGCGUCAAGUACCAUAUCCUCAAGACCCAUGCAGAGAACUGGUUCCGGACCUCAGCAGACCCACCUCCCAAACACAGGAGCCAGGGUCCCUUGAUAUCCAGGAAAGAGAAACGAAGUCUGGCGGGAGGAAAGAAACGGGGCCGCAAGCCUAAGGAGCGGCCUCCUGAGGAGCCCAUGCCCAAGCUCCUCCACCGCCGGGACGACUGGCCCUUGGGAGGCAGGGACAAGGGGUCUCGGGGCUCCACUGGGCGGAAGGUGGGAGCCAGCAAGGCACCCUAAAAGUGGACCCCACACUGGCUGCCAAGCCCCACUCUGUUCAGGGUGGGGGAGCCACUCUGGACCUCCUGUCCUCCAUCCUCACCCCCAUCCAUCUGUCCAGUGGAGGUGGUGAGCCAUUGUCUCCUCCGCGAAGGUGGCCCUCCCUUGUUCAGGGCACACCUGGGUGGAGCUCCACAAGGGUGCCAGGGGCAGCAGCAGAAGUACAAAGGGUGGGGCAGCCUCCCUGUGAGGACGCUCAGGGGCCUGGCAGCAUCUGGGGCUUUGGCACCCAGGGGCUGCAGUGCACAGCAGUCAGAUGUUCUUUGGCCCCUGUCUCUGCUUCCUCAGAUCCAGCUGGGUCCCCACCCUGGCUCCCAUGACUGGGGCAUCCCUGGUGACCUGUGGCUGUGGGCCAACGAGAGCACCUGGGCAUCCCUGGCUGCCACCACCUGGGCCUUGCCUCCACCCAACACUGGAACUCCAGUACCCCAGCUACCUCCCAGGACAGACCCCGUCCAGCCACUGCCAUGCUGACCUGACAGCCACCUGCCCACCCUCGUCCACCCUCCAGUUCCUCUGCUUCUGUUUUCUACCUCUCUGGGCCUGGCCCCAUCCUCUGUCUGUCAUUCCUGCUGCAUUUCAGGCCCCAAACCACUGGUCCUUGUCCUCAAGUUGGAGGGACAGCUUCCUGUCUGCUCUGCCCAGACAUGUGGAGGACCAGAGGCUUGUGUGCUCUGCUUCCUGCCUCCAGCCUCUGUCACUUCAAGCCAAGGUCACAGCCUGAGGGGGCUAGGGGCUUCUGGGUUCAGGGCCAGGUGGAAAGGGCCCAGCUCCGAAGGUGAGCCCCAUGGAGAAUAUCCUCUGCCAGGUGGGGUCAGCCCAGAGGCAGAGCUCCUAUAGAAACCCUCCUCCCCUUUACCUGCUCCUGUACAUCUGGUGGCAUGGGAUACAGGAACCAAAGGCCAGUGGGAGAGGGGGGCUUGGACUAGGUGGCAGCUCUAGGGCUGUGAGGAAUCUGAAGAUGGCAGGAUCUGCAGGUAGGGCAGGGGUCAGUCAGGAGUCCUAGGGCACCUGGAGGGGGAGCCCCACUUGCAGCCUCUGUGUAGGGAGGAAGAUGCUCAGAGACAUAUGGAUGGAGGCUGUUUACCAGUGGGGGCAGGGAGGGCUGAGGGCAUACCCUUGCUGAUCCUGGACGAUGUGAAUUUUGAUAUUUGCCUGUGUGCGUGUCUCCUGGGUGUAGUGGAUGCCAGUCUUGUUGCUGUGACAAGUAACAACCUUUUUUUAAAUUCUGUUUUUUAUACAAAAAUUCACAACAAUCUGACAUUUUGGUGCUAAGGGUUUCCUGGUGCCGAAGGUGGGGCUGGGUUGGCCCAGGGCUGUGCUGUGGCUCCUCUGCUGCUCAGGGGACAGGGAGGAGGGUUUCCAGCUGGGUUGUCCUACCCUGCAGUAGAGAGACCAGUUCCAUGGGGCUUUGGGGAUGGGAAAACUGACUGGGCAGGCCUGGCCUGAUGUGUUGGGAGGGGUGGAGAGAAUAGACUCCCCCAGCCUCACACACCUGGACCUGGUCUGAGGAUGGUGGCCUAGGUGGAGAUGAGUGUGGGCAAGGAUCAGAGGAGAAUCUGGGACUCUGGGGCAGUGUGCUUUCCAGGGCACCUGAGUGCACCCAUGGAGGGCCAAGUGCGCUUGGCCCUGUUUCCAUGGUGGAGGAGGUUGGGCUCCAGCAGGGUGGCCUCCUGCCCAGCCUCUCAGGUAUUUGGCACUUGGGGGGAAGGAGGCCAGGCUCUUUUUUUUUGGGGGGGGGGGUUGAGUUUCCAGGACACCCCUGAAGUCCACAGGUGGCCCUGGUGUAGAAGUGGGCCUGGGUGACAAUGUUUAGCACUUUAACCCCUGUGUCUUGAAAUGAACAAGGGGGCUGCUGCUGGAGUAGCUACUGGUUGGGAGCCUGCCCUCCCUCCCUCCUUUCCUUCCCUCUCAUCCACCCACACUAACUAGAGAGGGGCAGUGGCAAGCUGGUCUGCAAAGCCUUCCUCCAAAGGGUGUAGGGCCCUGGGCCCGGUGCAUCAGGGUCUGCCCACCUCCCACUCUGGCUCACACAUGACAAAGUGACCACUGGCCUCCACAGCAGCCUCAGUGGGAGGAAUCAGAAUGGCAGACCCCAGGGUGUGGUAAACAUGGAGCUUAGUGGACCAAGCCCUGGGUCCUUGGCAAAAUGUGAGUUAGGGUCUCUGCAGAUCUACCUCUGGUUCAGUGCACGCCCUUUCCUGAGAACAGGAAGAUGCCCCAGGAGCUGACACUUCCCACAGAAAUAGGAUGCACUUUACUCAAUUCUUUGCAGGCAGACGGGGGUGCAUCCUGAGUGGCUGGAGCCUUUCUGUCCCUCUGGUGGUUCUGAGGGAGGCCCUGGAAGGGGAGGGCUUUCCUUGUAAGCCCCUGCCGGCUAGACUCUACUAGCUUGCCCUGGAAGUCUAGGGUUCAGGAGGGCCGUGGGUCACCCUUCUGCCUGGUGGCCAUGCGUCCUAAACUUCGGGUUUCUCGGUUUGGUUUUUAAUGAGGUUCUCAGCACACAAGUGCAUUUCGAAAGACAGGUUCCAGCUAUCACUUGUAACCAUAUAUAUACAUAUAUAUAUUCUAUCUACAAAAUGUUUAUUUGCAAGAUGUUUUGACGGUGAGCUCGGGCCCUGCCCGCCUUGUGACCAUCUGUCCCCAACCUCGUCCCUGCCCCGUCCCCUGGCGAGUGGCGCGGGGACGCGCCAUCAACUGUAUGUAUUAAAAAUGACUGUAUCAAAUAAAUGUUUAUUGAUUUUUUUCCAGG